AUGCCAAAGAACACUAAGGUGACCCAGCGGGAGCACAGCAAUGAGCCAGUCACUGAGUCUGUGGCAGACCUGCUGUCUCUGGAGCACCCCAUGGACUAUAAGAGCAGUCAGAUGAGUAUGGGUCUGAGUCCGGGCUCCACUGCUCCCGUAAGGGCCCUUCUACCUUCUCCCGACCCAGACGCUGAGGAUGGCCGACCAGCUUGGAACAACAAGCUGGAGUACAUCCUGGCCCAGGUGGGCUUUUCUGUGGGCCUGGGUAAUGUCUGGAGGUUCCCCUACCUGUGCCAGAAGAACGGUGGAGGCGCAUACCUGGUGCCCUACUUCAUUCUCCUCCUCCUCAUCGGCAUCCCCUUGUUCUUCCUGGAGCUGGCGGUGGGCCAGCGGAUCAGGCGUGGCAGCAUCGGGGUGUGGAACUAUGUCUACCCACAGCUGGGAGGCAUUGGGGUUUCCAGUCUGAUGGUUUGUGGUUUUGUUGGCCUCUAUUAUAAUGUGAUUAUCGGCUGGAGCAUCUUCUAUUUCUUCCAGUCCUUCCAGUAUCCACUGCCUUGGGCUGAAUGCCCCAUCACGCGAAAUGGAAGUCAAGCUAUUGUGGUGCCAGAAUGUGAUAAGAGCUCAGCCACCACUUACUUCUGGUACCGCCAGACUCUCAACAUCACCAGCAGCAUUGACGACACUGGUGGGUUGAACUGGAAGAUGACCCUGUCUCUGCUGAUUGCUUGGAUCAUGGUCUGCCUGGCUGUCAUCAAGGGUAUCCAGUCCUCUGGGAAGGUGAUGUACUUCAGCUCUCUCUUCCCAUACGUGGUGCUUUUCUGUUUCCUGGUAAGAGGUUUGCUGCUAAAAGGAGCAGUGGAUGGCAUCGCUCACAUGUUCACCCCGAAGCUGGAAAAGAUGUUGGAGCCACAGGUGUGGAGAGAAGCAGCCACCCAGGUCUUCUUUGCUCUCGGUCUCGGGUUUGGGGGAGUCAUCGCUUUCUCCAGCUACAACAAGCGAGACAACAACUGCCACUUUGAUGCAGCGCUGGUGUCCGUCAUCAACUUUGUGACUUCCAUCCUGGCCACUUUAGUUGUGUUUGCCGUCCUGGGGUUCAAGGCAAACCUCAUGAAUGAGAAGUGUGUUGUUGAGAAUGCUGAGAAGAUCCUGGGCUUCCUCAAUACUGGUGUGCUGAGCAAAGAGCUCAUCCCUCCUCACAUCAACUUCUCCCACCUGAGUUCCCAGGACUAUACAGAGAUGUACAGCGUCAUUAAGACAGUGAAGGAGGACGGUUUUGAUCAGCUGGGCCUGGACCCCUGCGUGCUGGAGGAUGAGCUCAACAAGGCAGUUCAGGGCACCGGCUUGGCAUUCAUCGCCUUCACAGAAGCCAUGACCCACUUCCCUGCCAGUCCAUUCUGGUCCGUCAUGUUUUUUUUCAUGUUGAUUAAUUUGGGCCUGGGAAGCAUGAUCGGCACCAUGACUGGCAUCACAACACCCAUACUGGAUGCUUUCAAGAUACGCAAAGAGAUCCUGUGUGUGGCUUGCUGUGUCAUAGCCUUCUUUUUAGGCCUGCUGUUUGUGCAGCGCUCAGGGAAUUACUUUGUCACCAUGUUUGACGACUACUCAGCUGGGCUGCCUCUCACUGUGGUAGUGAUCCUGGAGAACAUCUCUGUAGCCUGGAUAUAUGGCACCAAGAGGUUCAUGCAGGACCUGGAGGACAUGCUUGGUUUCAGGCCAUACUCCUUCUAUUUCUACAUGUGGAGGUAUGUGUCACCAGCUGUCUUGAUCCUGCUCAUCAUUGCCACCGUCAUCGAGAUGGCCGUCAGUCCUGCGGGAUACAACGCCUGGGUAGAGGCCGAGGGCUCAGAGCGUUUCCACAGCUACCCUCCCUGGGCCUUAAUCAUGGCCUACUCCCUCAUCGUGGUGGCCAUGCUCCCUUUACCCAUCGUCUUCAUUGUCCGCCACUUUAACCUGAUUUCAGACGGCUCCAACAAGCUGUCUGUCUCCUACCGUAAAGGCAUGAUGAAGGAUAUCUCCAACCUGGAAGAGCAGGAUGAGCAGCGUUUCAUCCUCGGCAAGAACCCCAGCGAAGCUCCUUCCCCCAUGCCCGCCCACCGUGCUUACCUGGGCCCUGGUGGCACCCAGGAGAUGACCAACACCAACUAUGGCACCAGCACCAAGACGGGCUAUCAGAACAUUGGCUCUCCCGAGUCUGAGCUAUGA